AUGAACUAUGUUUCAUCUAAAAAGAAAGAGGAGAAGAAGACAACGACAAUGACAAUGACAACGACAACGACAACACCAGCUGCUACUAAUAAGGGUGAGUUAGAGAGGGUAUUUAUGUACUUUGAUGAGAAUGGAGAUGGAAAAAAGGUAUCACUAGUGGAGCUAAGGAGAUGUGUAAAGGUGGUAGGAGGCAAGCUGACAAAGAAGGAGACAGAGAUAAUUGUGAGGUUAUCAGAUAGUAAUGAGGAUGGGUUGUUGGGGAUGGAGGAUUUUGCAAAGAUGAUGGAAGGAAUAAAGGAUAAGAGGAAUAAAGAGAGUAAGAUAAUCAGAGCAUUUGGUAUGUAUGAAGAUAUGGAAGGUAGUGGAUACAUUACUCCUAAGAGCUUACAGAGGAUAUUGAGUAGACUUGGUAAGUCAACCUCCAUCGAUAACUACAAAGCUUUGAUUUGA